AUGACAUCGAACCCUCCGGCCGAACCACGGCCUCCCCCAUUAAGACGUCCUCCCGAUGUUCCUCGACCUUCCCUCGAUCGAGCCGCGAGCGAUGCCCUUUCCUCGUCUGGGCGAAGACCUGCCGGGCCCCAGAGACAAUAUCCAGAACCUACACAGGAUCGACCGACGAAGCGGAGGAAGGUGGAGGGGGAUGGCUUCUUGAAUCAGGCUUCCAGCAACGGCAAUGCCUCGACGGCCACAACAACGCAGCAUGGCGCCUCGCAAUUACGUUUGGUUCCGCCAAGCGCGUCUGCCUUAUUGUUCGGCGCUCAUCCUUCGCAGUAUGGGAAGUGGCUGGAAGGGGGCGCUGACAAUGGAGUGCCAGACUUGCCGCAUCGUCCUUGGGAUUUGGGCCGGCAAUCCAAGACCACCGAAGAUCCAUUGCCCACUCAUCGUUCACGAAUCUAUGUUCCAGUUCCUACGACCCCUGAUUCGUUGGCCUCACCAGAACGUGUACCUCAUUUCGUCCCCAAAAAGGCCGCGGGCUUUUUCCCGUGGACUGGCAAGCACCCAGAAGAUGUGUUGAACGACGUCAAUGUCAAACAAGGGUACUUCGACAAGCCUCCCAAUCCGACAGAGAAGGAGCUGAAUACUGCUCGGGUGCCACUGUACAAUGCGCUCAAGCAUAAAUCAGGAGUGGACAGUCUUUCGGUCCUCUUUUCCCUCAUCCUGGACAAGAAGAGCCAGCAGAGCAUCAUUAAUGUUCCGACCACUUUCAAACCGCCGCCGCGUGUCACUUUGACUGAAGCGAAACGAAAGUCGUGGAUUGCAGACCUGGCGAACGCCGAUGUGCCCUUGAGAAGGUUGAGUAGAACGAUUCCUCAAGGCAUCCGAGGCCAACUCUUGCUCGACCAGUGCCUGCAAAAUCAUGUUCCUUUGAGCCGUGCCAUCUGGUUUGCAAAGUGUGUCUGCGCCAACGAGAUUCGGACUUUGAAGAGAAAGGGCACCACCCCGGCCGUUGCCAUGGGGUCCGAAGGAAAGUGGCUGAGAGAAUGGACUACCAGUGUCGAGCAAUUUUUGGAAUCGUAUCUUGGUCAGGCUGGAAAUUCGGAUUGGAGGUCCAAUAUACAGUAUGCUAUACGCAUAAGCACGCGCCUCUAUAUGGAGAAUCUUUUGGACCGAGAUCACUAUAUUGAUUGGAUAUUACGAUCUUUUGCGGCAGCAUCGCUACAACAGCUUCCUUUUUGGCUGAUGGUCAGCCAUAUCUACAAACAAGAUAUGAGCUACUAUCGACGACGAGGCAGGAGACUUGCAGAAACCUUGAUCGAAAAGUAUGAACUAGUGCGAAAGACUGCAGGCCCGGGAGCAGCGCCACUUCUGCAACGACUCCAUCAUGCCAUCCGAGACCUCCUUCUCAGUCGGCCACGAAAUUUCUUGAUGCCAGAUAGAUGGCCAGAAGUCUACUCGGUCGUCCAGACUUGCUUGGAUGGGAAAAUCCAACAAGAGAAGCAAAUUCUGGAGGAACUCAACCGCAUCAACGAGAGGACGAUGGGAUUUAACAAAGGGGACUUUUGCAACAAACGUUCGGCAGUACAAGAAAUCGUCGAGGUUCUGGACACACUGAAGCCUCCGUUCGAUGUGGCCAAGCUUGCUGCAAAUCUCACUACUAUCUGUUCAGAUACCGGCGUUCUGAUAUCUACUUGCUUCGAAUGGGCGUGCACGCGAUUUCGGUCUUCCGACGCCCGCAUACAUCUCUUCGCGCGUUUGUUGAGACGCUGGCAACGAGCGGGUCUCGAUGUCGACACUAUUAUCCUAAAUUAUCUUUCUUCGUGCAGGGAGGGAAAGACUACGGCAGAUACUCAAUGCUUGAGACGUUUGGUGGCACAGCUUUCGCGAUCAAACUCAUUUCCGACCGCAAAGUACCUGCAGUGGCUUAUGGUGAGAGGCCUCCCCAAGGCAGGAACCGUCACUUUGGGUCAGGAUACUGGUGCAGGGACGAACAGUAUCAGCGAUUUCUCCAAAGUCAACUUCUUUCUUCUUGACUUGUGUCUCCAGAACACCGGGGCUCACGUCAUCAACCUGAGAAGCUCGAUUUUGGCACGUUGUGGCUUCGACCUGAAUUCCGAGGAGGAGCUUUAUCAACACCACAUUCGCUACAUUGAACAACAGCUAUCCCGAUCUUUUGCAGGCGCUUCUUCGUCGACGCCGAACAUAUCAGAACCCUCAUUCGCUUCCCUACCCUGGAGUGUCAAAUCCAAGAUCUCCGUGUGGCUUCGUGCGAGAGCCGUGCAAAUCGCGAUGCGAGACAUGCCUGGGCCUUUGACCUCCACGAGGUCAGACUGUGCGCAGUUUGCCUUCAUUCGAUACAUUCUCGAGUGUAUGGGUGACGAACCUGUCCUCGCCGAUGUGAUCGGGAUCCUGUGCAACACCCAAGAUGAUGCAUUGAUGGCAUCUCUUACAGCUACCGUUCAAGCCCAUUCCGAGGUCCUUCAGUCUAUCGGCGCCUUUGACGUCCUCCAAAGGAGACUUUGUCAGAUCUAUAUGUCCUGGCGCUCUACUAAACCUGCGAUGCCACUAUUUACAAAUUUCCUCCUCGACCUCUGCAGCACGUACCCCGUCGCUACGCCCUCCGUCAAGUCGUUGCAGCAGGACUUUGUCCGAGGUGACCGUGGUCGCGCAGUAGCGGCAUGCUCACCGUAUAGUGACGGUAUUGCGGAAUCGUUGCAACAGGCGGGAGCUACAUUUGUGGAGGACUUUGAAGCAAUAUUGCAGUCGGAGCCAAACAUGUCGGAGCAAACCAUGAACGGAUUGUUCUCAGUUCUCGUGGAUCGCAUCGAGAAACAGCAGAAAUUUGGGGAUGACUCGUUGACUUUGUUCUCGUUCUGCCAGCUGCUCAGCCGACUGCGGCUAUGUCGAAAGGGUCAGGCAGAUAAACUAAUUCAGAAAUGGUUGACGCGUUUAGCACCAUUUCUUGAUGCCACUUUCGGACCCUGCCUGUUUCAAAACCUGAUAGGAGCUGGCUGUGUCACUUUCGCUGGCUUUCUGGAGGCUAUGGACUUGACCAAGCUGCAAUUGCGCAAGCUUCCUUCUGCUGCCACUUUGCUGCGCUGGUUACAUGCGCCGGACAGGGAAUCACUUUCUAACCUUGCCUUCUACCAAACCCGGAUCCGAUGGACCGAGUAUUGUCGAGGAGAACCCCAGCACGUUUUGGAGGUGCUCACUCAACUGGGAAGGCCAGAUUCACAAGCACCACUGCCCAUCAGCCUCGUGCAUUCUUUGGCGAACGAUCUCCCUCUAACUUCAACACGUCCUUCUGAAUCGGUCACGGCACUGCUAUUACAGACGCUCGAUGGUUUUUUGAAUCUUGGGAACGCAACACCCGACGCCGUAGACCUGCGAGGACUUCUUAGUGGCAUCAAUAUCUUUUCCUGUCGACAUAUACAGCUACGAUUGUGGCUGACUUCCGCUCGAACGACUUCCGAGGGUCAAGGCCAACUAGUCGACAUACUGACGGAUGUCCUGGAACGCACACUUCAGGAACGAGACGUUCAACAAUGCAACGUUGCCCAAUUGCUCCACACAGCGGGUUCUGAGGUUGCGAACCGACUUCGACACAAAGUUGAGAGUGAGUUUUUGGAGGCAUUACCCAAGUUCCCUAUGGGCAGGACUUCGAGCCCUCUAUCUGCUGUAUUUCCGAGUGAUAUCCAACAUCUCUCUGAGAUUGUCGACCGAGCUUUCCGUGUUUGCGUCAAAGAUACUAGCCCCAUGACUGGUUUCAUGACCCAAUUGCUGGAAAAAUUGACGCAAAUUUUCAAAUCUCAGAACAGUCACGUUGCUACUUCCAACCCCAGCUCCAUGACCGGCCUUUCUGGAAACUCGGUCACUGCGAACCAUGCGCAGAUGGUGACCUCCAGCCCAAAUGCCAUUGCCAACACUUCUGAAGGCGGCGCCGGGGGGUCGAAUGGGUGGGCGACCGUGAACUACCUCGAUGCUAUCCUUUACAUGGUGUGUCUACAAAGAUUGUCACUGAUUUCUGCCGGGCGAACCGGGCCAAACACGAAACAAGGUCAGAGUGAACAGGUCCAGCUACUCGUUCGUCUAGCGCUCAUAUUCACGCAUCCCGCCAUUGCAGCGUUGACGGCACUCUCCAGCAACAAGCAGGAACAAGAAAAGGUCAAGAACGUGCAUGACUUUAUUCUCGACGUGAUUGCAACCAUCGUAGACCAGGUUGGCGACGAGGUCAAGAUGAUGUGUGCAAAAUUACUCAAGGACAAGAUGCACGACGUUCGCCUCCGAUAUCUUUUUGGAAGUGUCAAUAUUACGGGGUCGGUCCAGGUGCAGGACAUGGGCCAAGGACUGCAAAUGGUCAAAGAGGGUAAAGGAAUAAUAGGAGAAUGGAGACCACGCGUAUGGGAGGUUUUGGACAACGGCAGUGGCAAGGAAAACGAAACACCAUUGGGAUUAGGCUUGUUCGGUGCCCGUCGCGGAAGACUGACCGAAGACUGA